UUUAUACACAAGCCAGUCGCGACACUCAGACGUCUAUCAACUGACCGUCCGUUUAGUUCGUUAAUCGCGUUAAGGUGAGUGAAGAGGUGAGGUUCGUUAGAAGAAAAAAAGUGUGUGGCACCAUUUGUUAAACGAAUUUGCCUCGUGAAGCGUCGACGGAUCGAUUUCAGACCCUCUCCCAGCUGAGGACAAACAGAUUGCCGCAGCCGCGCCCAAUGGUGUUGUUGUACCAUGUCAUCAACGAUCGAUGAGCGCACCGCCUAUCUGGAGAACCCAUACUUCAAGGGACACAUCUACGGAAACUUUAACCCGUUCUACGUGACCAUCGGUGUCUGCACGGUGCUGGGAGUGUUUAUUUUCCUGCUGAACAUCAUCUGCGGUUGCUGCUCGAAGCACAAGGGCUACUGGCAGGAUCGCCACACCGGUAACCGUUUUCUAGUAUCCAUCUGGUCAGUUACUCCCCAUAAACAGCCUCCACUCGACUUGACGGAACUGAAGGACGUCCGAUCAUUCCAGCCUGUUAACCCCGACAUCGAACGACCUGUGGAAUACACUGUUCAGCACCAUCGUCCCCAGCAUCAGCAGCCCCAGUACGGUCGCAGCGCCGGCGGAUAUCCGGAGGAGUACGUCGAACUGCACACCAAACGAGAAAGCGACAUCUAG